AUGACACAGGAACCCUCGAAAGACAACUCGCAACAUGGCGCUGCGGAUUCAGAUAGCGAAGGCGAGGAUGUCUUCCACGAUGCACGCUUUCCUGCGGACGAAGAAGCCAACCUCUUGAAAGAAUCCCAUGAGAUCAAAUCAGAAGCCAAUAAACUGUUUGCGGCUGCUUGUUAUGAUCAGGCUAUCUCCUCCUAUGAUCGUGCCCUCGCCUCAUGCCCAAAUUAUCUUGACUACGAAGUCGCCGUACUCCGGAGUAAUAUGGCCGCUUGCUACCUGAAGUUGGAAGAUUGGAGGGCAUCCGUCGACUCUGCAACUGCCUGUCUCGACCGUUUGAAUAACAUCAUCCCGUUGUCUCCGCAGGACCAGAAGGAGACCAAGGACAAGCAGUCAGAACCGGAAGAUCAAACAGACGCCGUGGUUGAGAUAUCCGGCGAGGAUGAAGAAGCCGAGGAGGAAGAGCUGAAACGUCUACAGAGGAUGGAUGAACAAAGAAAUGACGUUAUGCGGAUCCGAGCAAAAGCCCUCAUGCGACGUGCUCGAGCCAAGAGUCAGCUUGGAGGCUGGGGGAACCUUCAAGGAGCUGAAGAGGACUACAAAUUACUUGCUGGUAUGGACAACCUCCCUCCAGAUGAUAGGCGAGUUGUACAGAAAGCUCUGCGCGAGUUGCCUGGUCGAAUCAAGCAGGCACGGGAGAAGGAAAUGGCAGACAUGAUGGGUAAACUGAAGGAUCUUGGAAACGGUAUCCUCAAACCAUUCGGUCUGUCGACGAAUAACUUCAACUUCGUCCAAGAUCCGAAGAUGGGCGGGUAUAGCAUGAACUUCCAAUCGGGAUCAUAA